AUGUGGAUGCACGAAUGCCUAGCCUGCCCCUCGGCACAGAGCGUCGGAGUAGACGCCUGGAUGCGCCACCUCGCUGAGGCCCACGUCAUGCCAACCGAGUGGAUCAGCGAACGGGCCGCCCGUCUCGUUGGCCCAGCGGCACGGACGCCCUACACACUCAUUACGGAGUCCAAGAAGAAGCGAUGUCGUGGCACUGUACCUCGACCACUCAACAGCUUCAUGGUGAGUUUUUGCUACGUCCACCGUCUCCCUCCCUACCUACCUUCCUACCUAGCUACCUGCCUGCCUGUCUGCCUACCUCCCUCAUUCUCUCACUCACUCACACUACCCAUCACCCAGCCACCCACCAUCAUCUAUAUCCUCCUCCUCCUCCUCCCGCUGUUGUUGCUGCUGCUCUAUCAGCCUUUGUCUAAGGCAAUUCUUUUUGCACCGUGCCUUGCAGAUAUUUGCUCAACACAUUCGCCGCAACGUACUGCGCGUCUUCGGCAAAGCCUCCAACUCCAUCAUCAGUCGUCAGCUGGGUGAAAUUUGGCGCAGCCUUCCACGACCUGUGAAGGAGCGCUACGAUGCGGAGGCAGCACGUCUAGUGAAGAUUCAUCAGAUCGAGUUUCCAGACUACAAGUAUCAGCCUAAGAAGAAGACGGCUGCUGCUGCUGCUGCUGCUGCUUCUGCCUCCGCAAACCUGCUCUCUGAAGCUCACCGCAAACGUGCGGCCACCAUGCCCUCGGUGAAUCACAUAACGACACCCUACCAGCUCACAAACUCUCAUCCAUCACGCCUUUUCAGUCUGAGCGCGUCGCACUUUGCAGAGGACUCUUCUCAUUGGCCAGGUCUCAUUAACACUCCCUCCACCUCCCCUAGUUCAACCUUCUCACGCUUCACACCCUCACCGUCGUCAACAUCAUCUGCUGCUGCUGCCGUCUCCUACUCCUCCACUGCCUACCCCACCUUCCCCUCCCCAUACUCCCCCUCCAACUCCUCCUCCUCCUGCUCCUGCUCCUGCUCCGCCUCCGCCUCAUGCUGCUGCUGCUACGCAACACCUCAGGAGGUCUGUGAAACAAACGCUCAACAGGGUGGCUCAGCCUGCAUUUGUGAGAAUCACUGUCAACCACAAUCCCGCCAACGCUACUUCUCCUCCCCCAAUGCACCCCUUCUCACACAGUCCGCUGUCUUCGCACGAACAGCCUCUUGCUCCCUGCCCGCCUUCCAUUACCAGUCAGCUCAAACACGUGGAUCUGCAGUCCUCUCCACGCAGAACGUCAACGCCAAUCAUGAGACGACUGUUCGUGGCAUUCAGGGGUCGGAAUGCAGUCGAUGGAACUAUGCUAGCAGCGAGUCACUGUCUCAAACAGACAGUGGGAUCUUUAGUCCCAUUGAGUCCGAUGCAUUGGCCUGGCCUGACUCCUCUGUCAUUGAUCCUGUCCACAACGAACUCCAUCAGCACGAUAGGACAAUAUGGAAGGUCGGAUGCGAGCAGGACACAGGGUGUUCCUUGGAGGAGACAUGGGGACAGAUAGUAAGCGAUGAGGUGCUGGAUUUCCGACCUCUCUCCACAGAAGCCGAAAUGGUGUUGGGGCCAACACUUCAGCAGUCACCACCGUCCCCCACCACCGGCACGCCAUUGAGGACGCCCAUUCGACCAACCGACGUGUGUCAAAUGUCUGACAGGGAAUCUUGCUGUCCUCAUCUAUCCAACCUUCUUUCUGCUGACAUGGAAGCCAUUGUCAGAACUGACUCCAGCCUCCUGCAAUCAGAUUGGUCGGUUUAUGCGUGA